AUGGCUGUUGAGCUGCCACCUGGACUUCUUGAUAUCCCGACCGCAAAGUCCAUGAAUAGGGGCACAGUCAAUGUCAUUGGACUAGUGGUGGACUCGUUGCCACCGAAGAGGUCUGGAGGAUCGUCUUUUGUCACCACCUUCACCCUGAAGACAUCGGAUUUCGCCAGCGACUAUUGGUAUGGAUUGAAGAUCAGGUAUUUUCACGACAAGCAGGAGUUCCUCCCUGUCCCUAAAGUUGGCGAAAUAGCCCUUCUACGGAAUCUCAGUCUCAGUCAAUUCAAUGGCGCAACCAUUGGGCUUUCGAGCAGCCAAAGCCCGGCCCCUUGGAUAGUAUUCGAACAAGACUCAAGGCAGGGAUCAGGGCUGUCCACAAGAUGCUCUCCCAGCAAUAAGGUGCCAUCGCCUGCUGAAGCCGCAUAUGCUCGGUAUCUGCUUACCCUCUACGCCGAAGGAAGGCCAACGGCCAUAGCGGCCACCUCGUCUCCCUGUAUCAACGUCAGGGGCACAGUGUCAACGCCAGGUCGGCGCCACUCGAGUCUCGCCAAACCUGACAAGUUCAAGCUAGUCAAGGAUGUGGAUUAUCACAGCUUCGUGGAUAUUGUUGGCCAAGCUGUGAAGACCUUUUCAGAGUAUGAGAAAUUCAUUAUUUAUGUGACAGACUAUACCCGGAACGACAAUCUGUUCGACUACUCUCUGUCUAACGGUGAUGGUCGAGAUGGCGAUGAGUUCAGCUACACUUCUCAUACAAAAAGACAAUGGCGCGGCCCGUAUGGGCGAAUGACACUCCAGGUUACUCUAUGGGAGCCGCACUCUGGUUUUGCGCGAAACAACGUCAAAGAAGACGAUUAUGUUCUACUAAGGAACGUCCACAUUAAACUGGGUCGUAGUAGCGGGGUGAUGGAGGGUGCACUUCAUACAGACCGCCAGUUUCCUAGCAAAAUUGAUGUUAGUCUUAUUGAUGGUAGCGAGCCAGACGAACGUGUCAAGAAGCUAGUACAACGCAAGUUAGAGUACUGGAAACAGUUGAAGCGUAGUCUGGCAAAAGAGGGUAAACAUCAGCUACCAGACGGCGAAGAUACAGGCAGGAAGUCGAAGAAAAAUAAAGGGCAUACGAAAAAUAACAAGCCGCAGACCGGCAACCACCGGACAGAAAACAUUAAACCCUCCGUUCGCCCAAAGCGGGAUGAAUUGAACCCCCAUAUCCGUUCAAACUACCUUGCAACGCCUACCAGGACCAUCCAACAAAUCCUCGAGAACGAAACACAUUGGAAUACGGGCCCCGAAGGGAUAGAGUACCAGCUGCCGUUCCAAAAUCUCAAAUACCGAGCAUCGGUACGAGUAGUGGACUUUUUUCCCCCGAACCUAGAAGAUUUCGCGGUUGCAUAUAAUUCCGAAUAUGACAUGCUUGACGAUGCCCCUGAGAGCUCUGACCUGUCCGACAGUGGUGGCGAUUUCACCGACCGCCGAAGACGAUGGGAAUGGAGAUUCUGCCUACUGGUUGAGGAUGCGGGCCCUGGCAUCCUCCACGCUCCAGGUCGAAAGCGAGAGCGAUUAAAACUCUUUGUCACUGGUCCUGACGCAGUUUUUUUACUGUCCAUUGAUGCCGUCAACCUCCGCAAAAACCCUAGGGUUCUUGCUGAACUACGCGAGAAGCUCUUCAUCCUAUGGGGCGACUUGGAAGAGCGCAAGACAUCAAACCCUGAAGCAUUCAAUUCCAAUGACAACUCGUCUAUCAACGCCAAACCGUUCGCUUGUUGUAUAAAAGAAUACGGUGUACGCGUGGCUUCUAGAUCCGAACUUGGAGGCAAUGGAGCCGGCGAAGAAUCGUCAUCAAAAGGGUUUGGUUGGGAGAGACGGUUUCGUAUGUUUGACACGCGGAUCAUGUAA